CUUUCGUUGCAGCUGCAGCAGUAUGCCUCGAAGUAUGCGUUCGGUUAUCGCAUACGUGAUUUCCAUACCGGCAACGAUUUUGGCCACAAGCAGAAUCGUGAUCUCCACGGCGUGACACGCGGCCAGUACCACAUCCUUUUGCCGGACGGAAGGAUCCAGAAUGUCAUCUACCACGCCGACGACACGGGCUUCCAUGCGGAUGUCAGCUUCGAAGGCGCCACGAAGCAUUGAAUCUGGUCUACAACGGGGCCCAAUGUGCAAUAUAGGCUAGGUUAUCCAUAAGGUUUACUUCCACGAAAGUGAAGAAUGUGCAACAGGACACUGAAAAGUGUCUGUUAAUUGAAGGCUAUUUAUUUGUAAAAGGAGCCUUACUCAUUAACUCAUUGAAUUGCUAUGCGAAAAAAUUAAGUAGCCAGCAUAAUGCAAAGUGCUCAAGACCAUACAAGUGUGCUGCAACACAUCUCUAUGAAUUUUAAAUUAAGAUUAACAUAGUUUUAAGUGAAUUCAUUCAUCACCAAAUAAGCAGGAAACUAUAUUGGUUCACACUGAUUUUUUAGAUGUUUAAAAGAUGAUUAUUUUCCAAAAUGCAAUACUUUUAAUGUAAGAAUCCAAACUGUUAACUCUUUCUAAGGCAACUUUUAUGGAAUUCGGAGCAUUUUGGUAACUCUUUGUAAUGUAACUUUAAUGGAAUUCCAAGCAUUCUUUAAAUGCAAUUAUGUGUAUGUAAGACCCACUUGCAGUACAAUGAAAAAACAAACGCCCCACUAUGGCCACUCAUUGUUUUAUUGUUCAACUAAAUACCAAAUAGUGACAUUCUGCAUUUUCGUUCUUGCUCAAAUGCUAUCAUAGAUAUUGUGUGAUUUCCAUCUCAUUUGCGGUUGCUUGAGCACUGCUCAAAUUAGUUUAAGCCCAUGAAAAAUGUAUUUGAAAUUAGGGAGUCAGUGCAAUAGAGCAAAAGU